AUGGGCCAGACAGACCAGGUGGCACUGGUUGCCGUGACCGACUCCCAAGGCUCCCCGGAAGUGAAGCCAUGUCGUGCCAGCUCAUUGCAGCAGGCGGCUGAUGUCUUGUUGCGGGCGAUCAAAGAGGCACAAAACACUCAGCAAGCCUUGAGCUCCAGAGUCGUGCACUUGGAAACUGAGCUUAAGGCUGCACAAGAGCAGGCUGAACUAUGGGAGAGGGAAUUGGAAGAGGCAGUCGAAGAGAACGAGCAGCUCAAAGUCAAGCUGCUCCAGAUGAGACCGCUCGCAAGUCAGGUUUCGGACUUCAAGGGCAAGAUCAGGAAGUAUGCGGCCACGAUCGAAGAGCUGCGAAGGUCAGACAGGAGACCAAGUCGAGGCAGCAAGCGCCGUCGUUUGGUUCGUUGCCAAGAUCCCCUGCCAGAAGAGGCCUCGGGCCCUACGUCUUCGCCCCGCAAGCCGCGAGCUGGCCAAGAAGAGCCCAAGCAAGAAGAUAGGGCUGCCCGCGCCAUCAGCCACUUGAGACAGCAGGAGCCAAGGAGCCCCGAGCUUCCAGGGCCUGGUUCCGCCGCAAGCUCUGCCCCAACCACAUGCCGAGAUGCUGAGAAAAGCGCGAGACCAUCGCCAGUGGGGCCCAACAUCACGGCGAACGUGGUGGAUCCCAGAAAUGGAAAGAAUUGCAGGCCGCUAGAAGUGCUCGAGACGGGCGGCCAAGAUGCCAAGCCUGACCAGAGGCAGAGAGAAUCUCUGAAGGAAUUGCGGCAAAUAGCUGGCCUUCGAAUAUGGGAACCAAUACAGCCGCCGACCGAGGCUACCAAUGCAGUUGUGGCAUGGAACCCACCUGCCGAUGCAGAACGACGUGAAGAGCCUGCUGUCUACACGGUUGGCCGGACAAGUUCCCGCUCCUUUGAACCACAGGUUCGUGCGGAAGGGCAGAGUGCUGCUCCAUCUGCUAUGCAGCCAACUUCUGGCGCGCUGUGCCGCUGCGUGGUUCGCGGGAAGGAGCAGAGACUGGCCCUGCCAGGGCACGACUGCGAGAUGUGCCGCCGCUUCUACGCGGCAGCGGGAAUGGGCUCAGGUCUAAAGUCCUCGAGGCACCGAUCCGAGCAUGCACCCACCAACACUCCUCCAGGCUUUUGGGACUUGUCCUUCCCUGUCCAUCCGGAGUCUUCACCAUAA